GUGUCUCCUAAUUCCAUACCAACAAAAAGUUCUAUACUUAGCAAAAAAAUCAAAAGGAGAAAAGAGGUCCCAUCACUCUUCAUUCCCAUGCCGCGCCCGUUUGCCUCUGCAUCGAAUUCUCAGUUGUUGUGUUUUUCCUCAUUCCGUCUUCUCAAAUUCUCAACACCAAAUUAUCAUAAUUAAUUUCCUUGCAGCACAGGUUUCCUCAGAAGGGAUUGCAGAAUUCUGCUGAUAUUGAAGCUCUGCAAAUUUCGAAGAUGGAGAUUUGUUACAAGCCUUAUGUGGAUCCUGAGUAUGAAUCUUUGUUGGAAAGGAUUUACCCUCCCAGGGUUUGUAUCGAUAACAAAACGUGCCAAGAUUGCACUCUUGUUAAGGUGGACAGUGCAAACAGGCAUGGGAUAUUACUCGAAAUGGUCCAGGUUUUGACAGACCUUGACCUGGUUAUAUCCAAAUCAUACAUUUCUUCAGACGGUGGAUGGUUCAUGGACGUAUUUCACGUGGCAGACCAGCUCGGCAACAAAAUUACUGAUGAAAGCCUCAUUCUUUACAUUCAACAGGCGCUUUGUGCAAGUAGGAGUGGUGGGGUAAAGAAGGAACUAGAGACUUGUGUUAAAAGAGAGGUGAGGCCACGCCAUGUGUCGACGGAGCACACAGCGUUAGAGAUGACGUUGAGGGAUAGACCGGGCCUUAUGUCAGAGAUUGCGGCUGCUCUUUACCAAUUGGGCUGCAACGUCACUGCCGCGGUGGCGUGGACACACAACACCAGAGUGGCCUGCAUAAUCUACGUGGAAGAAGGGUUCACGGGCGGGCCUAUCACCGACCCAAACCGCCUUGCCCAAGUGCAGGACCAUCUGGAGAAUGUUGUUGGGGCCCAUCAAGAGAAUUGUGAGCGGAGGAGUGUCCGGUUGAUGGCACCAGCCGCUGGGAGGACGCACACUGAGCGGCGGCUCCACCAGUUGAUGUAUGCUGAUAGGGAUUACGAGCAGUGUCGUGGCUGCGACGGUAGUUGCCGGCAGUGGAACGGAUGUGACAAGACCCAUGUGUCGAUAGAGACUUGCAAGGAGAAGGGGUAUUCGGUGGUGAAUGUAAGGAGCAGUGACAGGCCGAAGCUGUUAUUUGAUACUGUCUGUGCAUUGACGGACAUGCAUUAUGUAGUGUUCCACGCAGCAGUUAGCUCAAAGGGUUGCAUUGCCAAUCAGGAAUAUUUCAUUAGGCAGAAAGAUGGAUGCACCUUGGAUACAGAAAGUGAGAGGCAUAAACUUACAGAGUGUUUGAUUGCAGCGAUCGAGCGAAGAGUCUCCCGGGGCUUGAGGUUGGAUGUACGUACUCAAAACCGGAUGAAACUGCUCGCAGAUGUAACCAGAGUGUUCCGAGAAAAUGGGCUAUCGAUAUCCAGGGCAGAGAUUGGAACACAGGAAGAUAAAGCGAUCGGAUCAUUCUACGUUACGGAUGCAUCAGGGAAUGAUGUAAAUCCAAACACGGUGGAACUGGUGAGACGAGAGAUUGGGGGAUCCAUCUUGGUUGUUAACAAGUCAUCAAGUUGUAAUAGCAGAACCAGAAAUGGUAAUGUAGAAGAGAGGCCGAAACUCUCGCUAGGAAAUCUACUAUGGGCUCAACUUGAGCGCCUCUCAGGCAAUUUCAGCCUCAUAAGACCUUUGAGGAGGUCCUAGCUCUAGAACUGCUUUCAGCUUGUACAUAACGUAAAUGAUCAGGAUUCAGGAGUCGAGUAUUUUUUUCUUAAU